GCCCGAAGGACGGAUGGCCGGAGCGAGGGGCCGGGGCGGCUGCCUGCGGCGUCCGCUGCGGCGGCCGCGGCCGGAGGCGGCGGAGCUGGGCACAGCCGCGCGGGGCGCCCGUCGCCAUGGCAGCGCCUGCUCCGGCGAGAGUGAACCUCAUGCCCUGAAUCUCCAAGGGAACCUUUGUAAAGGACCUUCCCCUCCCCGCCAUCUCCUUAUUGUUUGCUAGCUCUGCCCUGCGCUGUGCAGGGAAGCUUGAAAGAGCAGGCUGAGCCCUGGAGGACAGCAAAAAGGACAAUGCAGUGAGGGUGCUGCGGGGUCUUGGCUAGGAAACUCUCUGAAUCUUCUUCCUCACCCUUCACUCUCCAUUGAUGGCUCUCUGACAACCUUGCCAGGCACAUUACCUGGCCACGAGCGUGGCAUUUGGUGAGGCAGAGGUUACACGCUGUGUAUACACCACCCCUCACCUUUUCUGUGGGACCUUCAUCUUCUCUGAAACUCUUUGCUAGUUCCUCGUUCACUAGGACACUGGGCAACAGGCACCCACUGCUAUCAAACUGUCUGGAGUGCCAGCAUUCUGUUUGUCUGUGGCCUUCACCGGUCCCAGGAGAAGGUGGUCCCUGAGGCAGAAGGUGUCUGGGCAGCACAUGCAGUAAGGGGAGCUUUUUCUUUGGGGGAAGAGUAGAGGAGGGGAAUGAAAUAGAUGGAGAGGAAAAGAAAAAGUGAGCAUGAGAGACUGAGGGAAGAAGCACUGACAAGUGUUCAUGAGAAGGAACGAAGGUGGAAGAAAGAAAGAGAACGGAAAAAACAGGUGAAAGAGUUAGAGCAAGUGAAAGAAAUAUAAGCAAACAAAAGGGAAGGGGGGGACUGAAAGUGAGACAGAGUUGAAGGCUGUUAGGCCUCGCACCUGGUGACAAUGCCUUGAGGAACCCCUCCAGUGUGCGUGCACCGUGCAUCACCGCAGCAGCAGAUGAGGAGGGACGUGGUUCCCCCGGCGCGGAGUCUCAUUCGCCCUCUUACAGUAACCCAGUGGCAGGGACAGGGCGCAGCCUAGCAGGGGUGGCAGCAUGGGGGACUCUGAAUCAGAGUCCACCUUGCACAACAAUUCACUGUGGUGGCUGGCAUGCGGGAUGUUAGCCCUGUUGGCCAACUCUUGGAUUAUCCUCAGCAUCACAGCCAAACAGCAGAAACACAAGCCCCUGGAGCUGCUGCUCUGCUUCCUUGCCGGGACUCACAUCCUUAUGGCAGCAGUACCCCUCACCACCUACGCUGUGGUGCAGCUGCGGCGCGAGUCCUCCGACUAUGACUGGAACGAGAGCAUCUGCAAGGUCUUUGUCUCCACAUACUACACCCUGGCCCUGGCCACCUGCUUCACGGUGGCCUCUCUCUCCUACCACCGCAUGUGGAUGGUGAGGUGGCCGGUCAACUACCGGCUGAGCAAUGCCAAGAAGCAGGCUCUGCACGCGGUCAUGGGUAUCUGGAUGGUAUCGUUCAUCCUCUCCACCCUGCCCUCCAUCGGCUGGCACAACAACGGCGAGCGGUACUAUGCCCGUGGCUGCCAGUUCAUUGUCAGCAAGAUCGGGCUGGGCUUUGGCGUCUGCUUUAGCCUCCUGCUCCUCGGAGGAAUCGUCAUGGGCUUGGUGUGCGUGGGUAUCACUUUCUACCAGACCCUGUGGGCGCACAGAAAACACCAGCAGUGCCGCCAUCAGAGGGCAGAGGAAGCAUCGUCCUGCUCAUCAGCACACAACACUUUCAACGUGCCGGCCAUUGUGGUGGAGGAUGUGCGAGGCAAAAGGAGGUCCUCGCUGGACGGCUCUGAGUCAGCCAAGACCUCCCUGCAGAUGACCAACCUCAUCAGCGCUAUUGUCUUCCUGUACGACACGCUCACUGGGGUGCCUAUCUUGGUUGUGAGCUUUUUUAGCCUGCGCUAUGAUACGGCCCCCACCUGGAUGGUCCUCGCUGUGCUCUGGUGCUCCAUGGUGCAGACCCUGCUGCUCCCCUCCUUCAUCUGGUCCUGCGAGCGCUACCGAGCAGAUCUCCGCACCGUGUGGGAGCAGUGUGUGGCUAUCAUGUCUGAGGAAGACGGAGAUGAUGAUGGCGUGUGUGAUGAUUAUGGUGAUGGCAGGAUCUGCAAAGUGAGAUUUGAUGCCAACGGUGCUGCAGCUGUGAAGCGGGACUCUCGGGAUAUCAAACUGCUACCCAUGCACCACAUGUUGUUGCCCCAGGACAAGGUGCAUUAUCUGCAGGUCCCUAUCUCCCGGAGAAUGUCACAUGAUGAGACUAACAUCUUCUCCACCCACCGCUCCACUCCAUCCUUCCUACACAAGUGGUCUUCAUCUGACGACAUCCGCAUUUCCACCCCCCGCAAGCCUGGAGUCCCCAGCUUCUUGCCUCCUCAGCUGCAUGACUACCAGCACCGCCGGCGGCCUCCAGAAGAUGAGCUGACAACCCUACGGCAAUUUUUGGAGGGGGGGCUGGUGCCCCGGGUGUCCAGCUCCAGUGCCUGCUUCUUCCGAGAUGAGAUCACCACGUUCAUCGACGAGACGCCACAGCCCACCCCAGCCUGCAGCCCACGGCACUCCCGUCUCCCGCUCGCAUCACGCCGUGAUCGCCGCCUCUCCCUCGGCAGCAGAGAGGAGGAGAGCGCUGACCGGCCGCGGCGCUGCUCGCUGGCUGGCAACGAAGCCUGGCAUCUGCAGGAUGGAGAGCAGGCGCCACGCGAAAGGACGCCUGAGGCCUGUGAGGCACAGACCUUCCAGGAUCCCAAACUAUGAGAGACAGCAUCGGAAACAUGCAGUGCCAUCACGAUUUUUAAAUAAAACUCCAAACGUUCCCCUAGUCCUGGGACCCGAGUACUAAUUUGCAUUCUCAUCUUUCUCGCCAGCAGGCAGGAAACACGGCACCCCGUGGUGGUGGUGGGGUAAAAGAAGUGUGACAGACCUGCAGAACGGAGCUCUACAGACACGGACAUGGACCUGUGCCUGCUCUCAGGAUACAAAGGCACCCACUGCCGCGACAGCCACUUGGCACCCUUGCCAGUCCCGUCCCCUUGUGAACUCCACCCUCGCAUUCGCUCUGCCCUAAGAGACAAGGCAGGCACAGAACGGUAUUAAAAUUCUAUAUUUGGAGU